UUGUGAUUUCAAAACAAUGGUAGCACGGAGACUGUACGUUUUAGAAGAGGACCGCGCGAUCUUGCAAGGAUCCAGGCCGGCCUCGAGCAACUUUAAGGGCGAACCGAGCCUUUUCCAAAACAGGAAAAGGAAAGCCAGUGAUCCAGUCUGUUGCUCUGAGCCCAAAAAGUCGUGUUUUCAAACCUCGACCGAUGGGUUUGGAGGUGAGACACUGCAGGGCGCUCCCAGGACAGACGACCACACUGAAGGCCACAGUCCUUUGGUCGCUCACAGCUUGGACCAACCAAGCAAAACAACAAAAAGGAAAGCCACAGACGCAGGGGACGAAAUCCAUCCCAAAAAAUUUCGUCCUGAAUCCACGAAAAAAAACUCAGAGCAUGAGAGUUUGGAGACGAGGAGGGAGAAAGAGAAGAAAAGCCUGAGUAAAGCAAUGAAGAGAGUGGCUAGAGAUAGAGUGAGUGACUUUGAGACAAAGUACGAGGAGCACGAGGAGCUCGGAGAGGGUUCAUUUGGGUCUGUCUUUUCCGGUGUGCGGAUAUCAGACCAACAACCAGUGGCAAUUAAACACAUCAAACGAGAGGAUGUGGAUUUUGUUCCAGUGACCAUUGAAAAGGAGGUUUACUCGGUCCCUGAGGAGGUGGUCCUCAUGACCAAAGCAGCUCCGAAUUGCCACUCAGUUGGAAAGGACCCCUCGGUAAAUCUUCUAGACUGGUACCUCCAAGACCAGGAGGUAGUGCUGGUCAUGGAGAGACCCACCCCUUCUGAAGACCUGUUUAACUACUGUCUGAAGAACGCACCACUGUCGGAGGACCAAGCAAAGGUGCUGAUGCGACAGGUUGUGGACGCGCUGGUGGACCUUCACGCUAAAGAGGUUUUCCAUAGAGAUAUCAAAAUGGAAAACCUCCUGGUCCAAACCACAGAGUCCGGUUCCCGGAUUCGUAUCAUAGACUUUGGUUGUGGCUGUAACGUCCAAUCAAACCCCUACUACGAUUACAACGGGACAGAAGAAUUUGCUCCUCCUGAGGCCUUCAAGAAUAAAGGUUACCACGCUGGUCCAACCUCAGUGUGGCAGAUCGGAGCUCUACUAUACGAGCUAGUGUGCUCUGAUGAGAAAGAAGAGUUCACCACAGAACGCUGGACCAAGGGAAAACUCAGUCUGAGUGGUGUGUCGCAAGAGUGCUGUCACUUCCUUCAGGCCUGUCUGGCAGUGAACCCAACUCAUCGAAUAAGUUUGGACCAGCUGAGCCACCAUCCGUGGUUCAGUGUAGUUUAA